CGCGCGCGCCCCCGGCCCAAUCCCCGUCGUCGAUAUUUUGGUCCCCCAGCCCGACGUGUCCGUCCCAGCCACGCUGGGUCGACCACGCGCGGCGAUCCGCAGCCAAUCGCGCGCGCCCUCUCCCGCCGUCAGCCAUUUGCCCUCGCGCCCGUCGAGCCCGGCAGCUCGGCAACCCGGCCAAGGCUGGCUCAGCCCCAGCCCCCCGGAACCAACAGCUUCCCGAACCCCAUUAUGUGGGUAAGCUAGUUGGCCGUCGUCAGCAACGUCGUUCUUCAGCCCAGCGGCUGACCUGGCGAGCGGGCGGGGGGAGGGGGAAGAACCCUUCGCGAUUGGCCUGCCCGCACCGCGUUACGCCGUCGCUGUCGAUAUCGUCCUGACGGAGACGAUAUGUAUAAAGGGCCGGAGCCCUUCCGGCGACGUCCCUACUUUUUUAUCUCCCUUCUGCUACCACCCUCGCCUUCAUCGCCAUCACCAUCAACAACUUUCCUACUUUUACUUUUUUCCUCUUUUCUCUUUUCUCUUUCCAUUUCCAUUUCCGACUCUCUUGUUCUGGUUCUUCUGGUUCUUCCUCUCCCGACAGCUCUUCUCUCGGACCGCUCAAUCUCCCUCUACGCAAUCCCGCCAAUUAUCUCGUCCACCCACCAGUCCACCCCGUGAAAAUGUUCGCCAAGGCCAGCACCGUCGCCGCUAUCCUGGCAUUCUGCUCCGUCGCCUCGGCGGCCCCCGCGCCCUGGUCCAGCGUCGGCCCCCACACCGAGACCGCCUCCGCCACCAAGGCCGCCGCCACCGCCGCCCCCGUAUCGUCAACCACCGCUACCGCCACUACCGCUACUACCGCCCCGGCCAAGACCCCCGCCGCCGCCACCCCCCCCUCGGGCCUCAGCAAGGUGCAGCAGAUCCUGCUCGCCGACACGCGCGCCGACGCGCUCAACAACGUGCUCGCCGACGACGCCGACUUCGUCUUCGACUUCAACCAGGCGCGCAAGUUCGGCCCGGGCAAGGGCGGCGAGAUCGUGCUGGCGAACCGCAAGGCGUUCCCGGCGCUGACCGGGACCGGCAUCAGCGCGGCCGUCGGGUUCCUGGGGCCGUGCGGCUUCAACACGCCGCACGUGCACAACCGGGCGACGGAGCUGCUGAUCGUGGUGCGCGGCGAGGUGGUGUCGGAGAUGGUGGUGGAGAACGGCGUGGUGGCCGCGGCGGCUGGGGACGCACCCGCGCGGCCGCGCAACGUGCUCAACACGGUGCGCGAGCUCCAGGCCACGCCGUACUACCCGGGCGCGCUGCACUCGCAGUACAACCCGACGUGCGAGGACGCGGUGUUCGUGGCGCCGCUGUCGAGCGAGGACCCCGGCGCCAACACCAUCGCCCAGGCCUACCUCGCGCUGCGCGACGACACCGUCCGCGCCGCCGCCGGCAACCACAUCGACGGCGCCGACAUCGAAAGGUUCCGCGGCGCCAUCAGCCCCAGCGUCGCCCUCGGCGUCGAGCAGUGCCUCCAGAAGUGCGGCAUCGCCAAGCGCUAGGUGUCAGCGCCGCCCGCCCGGCCUGCGACCAACAACACCCCCGCCGCGAAGCGCAAACCGGCAUAGGUAUUAAUCGUCCUCGGGCGCUCUAGAAUAUUAGAUGGAGGCAUAGACUGGGUCAGCAUGACGGUCGGGGCAACCCGACGCAGACGAGGUUACGGGUAUGAUUGCUUAGCAUUUCGGUCCGGAGUUUUCGAAGCGUUUUGGUUCAUAUACUUUUUUUUUUUUCGGGUUCUCUCACAUACGCACACGCACACACACACACACACACACUCUCUCUCUCUCUCUCUCUCCCUCUCUCGCUACGAACUUCACGAUACGCAGCAGUUGUCAACAACAACCGCCGCGCAACAUUUUACUGUACCCUUCUUAAUCCUUAAACCUAGUCAGUCAGGGCGGCCGGUUACUCGGCUACCCUACAAUAUACCAUUCGUUCACUCGUUUGAUUAAACAACUCGCAGACGUAUGCAUUGCCUCUUUUCUUCUUCUUGACACACUUGUCC